AUGGCCCAACAGCAUGUGCUCGAGGUGGGGGACGUAGUGGCGGUGUGGCCAGGCGAAAACGACUCCCUCUUCUGGCUGACCAUCUGCCGUGACAAUGUGAGGGAAGGUUACGACCCUGAGUCAUGCGAUAUCCAGACCUUCUUCCUUCGCUUCUCUGGCCAGCGCCAGAGGGGACACAUGGUCUUCGUCGAAGAGAACGACGAGAAGGUGUUUGGCUGCAUUUCACUCGAGAGCAUCAUCUGCAAGUCGAUCGAGCUCCUCCUGGGCGACAACGCCGGCCAGGGCUUCUCCUUCCUCCUGCUGCCGGAAGAGGAGGCACGCAUCACAGACGCAAUUCGCGUCUGGGAGGAGCAGGGUGAAGGCGAUGAUGAGACACUCAACCAAGUCAAGGUGGAGCCGACCGAACUCGACACUCUUCCUGAUCCAACAGCUCUUGGUGCAGAGGACACCCAAGAUGCACACAAUCUACUGCCAGAGCAGAAGCAAACAAAACAGUUCACGGUCAACGCGAUCAUCAGCGAGCGUGAGAGUGAGGAAGGAGGGCGCGAAUACCUACUCGACUGGGCUGAGAGCUGGGAGUGCAAGAGCAACAUCUUCCACAGGCCAAAAGGACACGUAAAGAAGACCAAGGCCAUACCAGAGAAGGCGCUGGGCAAGACUGGUGGCGGCAAGGUGGAUGGCCUGGGCACGAUCAACGAGGAGGUGGUGCGCAUCCUAGAGGUGGAGCCCAGUGGCGUAGGCCGCUGCUACAAGGUCAGGUGGAGGCCAACAUGGACCAGCGAGCUCGAGUGCCCGGUCACCUUCAUCCUCCAGUGGCGAAUCAAGCAGAAGCAGAAGCAACGAGUCGAAGUGCACGAGGUGAAGGAAGAAGAGGAAGAGGAAAUAGAGGACGAUGAAGACAGUGAGGAGGAAGAAGCUGAGGUGUGUGGCAAGCGCAAGGUGACAGUGGCGAAACGAUCCAGCAUGCUGACUCAGGCAAUGUCUUCAGCAGAUCACACUCCCGACGACCACUUCGAGGACCGUCUAAUGGAAGCAACCGCACCAGAGCCAAGCCAAGCCCAGUCGCCUCGGACUGACCGUGCCGUACCUGCCGGCAAGACCCCAGCAACAGCCUCCACCAGGCCCGUGCUGGCAGGCAAGACGUUGGCGGCAGCACGUGGAGCAACACCGCCACUCACCUGGCGCGAGGUCAUCCGGCUGUCGUUGGCCGAGCUGGGCCAGGCCUCGGUGGCUCAACUUGAUGCCCACAUCCAAGCCAAUUUCCCCGAGAAGAGGGGAAGGCAAAACUCCAAGGCAACAAUCCGCCAGAACCUGCGCAGGAUCGGGCAGCUGUGCCAUCACCAGGCCGGGCGCAACCAAGAAUGGCGACUGCGAGCUGCUGAGGAGGACGAGGAGGAAGAGGAGGAGGAGGAGGAAGACGAGGAAGACGACGUCGACGUCGACAAGCUGCGAGAGCUCUAUGCAACAAGCAGGAGGCCAAGUGUGGAAGAUCUCCGGAACCAGUUCAUCCGGGCUACCAGUGAUGAAGAUCUAGUCGUGUGGUAUCACGGCAUCAAGUACCUGGCACAAUACCCACGCCUGUCGACAGCGGAUGAGGUCAAGACCAAGACCCUACGAAUGGCUGGACACACCGAGUGGAUCAACCCCAUCCACUACUGCCUCUUCCUCCGGCCUGUCUGCCCCGAGGACACCGAGCGCGAGCCUACGGAGUUGGCGGAUGAAGUUAGGCUCGACGAGGCCUACCACAACCGGGAGUUCUGGCUCUUCGAAGGCUUUUGGCCGCCGGCGCCCUGGCCGCAUUGGCCUGGGUGGUGA